ACAUCAGUGGCCAAGACUUUCGGACCAAACAAUUGUUUAUAUUUAGCCACUGAUAUCAAUGAAAAGGCGUUAUUAACGACACGAAAGUGUGGAUCAGUUAAUGGCGUUAACGAUUGCGUGCAAUUAGUGAGCACUGACUUGACUGAAGCCAUUAACCAUCGUUUGCAUCAUUGCAUUGAUUUACUUGUUUUCAAUCCUCCAUAUGUGCCGACACCGACACAAGAGGUAGGCGCGGGUGAUAUAAGCAGUUCGUGGGCCGGAGGUGUCGACGGCCGACAAGUGAUUGAUCGCUUCCUACCGACUGUGCCAUCGCUUCUCACUCCCAAUGGUUUACUAUAUCUUAUUGUUGUCAAAGAAAAUAAGAUCUCAGAAAUAUGUGAUGCAAUGAAAGCAAUGGAUUUUGAAAUGACUAUUGUAUUGGAGCGCAAAUCAGGUCCCGAACACCUCUCGGUUCUUAGAUUUAACAGUGAUAUUAUUGAUGACGGUAUCCAAGAGAUGUAUUCGCUCGACAAAACCGGUCUCUUCAUUGGCCAAUGCCGUGAAGUGGAUGUGGAAGUGAUAGUA